GCCCGCUGCGUCUUUUGUUCUAGACGACGCCUCGAUGCGAACAAGGAAUCAAUUUGUUUCUUCAGAUGGACAUAGCAACGUUCGCUGUCAGUUCCUGAUUUUUAUACGAAAAACUUUCCACCCUCUGUGGACUCGUAUAUUUGGCUUUGGUAGUUCUCGGAAGGAAAAUGAUGAAUUUGAAAGUGGUGUCAUUCGUUCAUCUUGUCUUCCUUGUAUCGGGAAUGAACAGCAUGCAGGAAGAAGUACGAGAGAACAAUGAAGUCAUAGAUACAGCAUCAAUGGAUCAGUCGUGGGUUGUUCAAAGUUUCACAAAUCGGAAAGUCAUUGAAGGGGAAUCCCGUCAAGAGGAGUUUGUUGCCCUUCGUGAACGUCGUGAAACAACUAGCGAGCAAAUGAACAUGACCGAAGGAAGUUUCAGUGGCUCUGGAGGUUGUAAAGAUGGAUUUACAGGAGACGGAAAAACCUGCGUAGAUAUCAAUGAAUGCCAGCAAUCUGCUUGUCCAGCUAAUGCUUCAUGCAAUAAUACGAUUGGCAGUUUCACAUGCGUACCCUGUGAUCAAACUUUUUUUGGGGACGGAAAGACGUGCGUGGAGAUUCUACCAAAAUUUUCUACCAUAAAUGUGUUUACUAUGCUGGGCGAUACAGCGGCUCUUUUUUGUGCUUUGAACACUACAACACAGUGGAAAAGAGGCGGGAAAAUCAUCACCAACAACGAAAGAAUAAAAAUCAUGGGAAAUGCUCUUGUCAUUACGUCUCUUGAAGAAAACGACUUCGGAGAAUAUUUGUGCGAAAUUCGAAAUGACCCCGGUAAAGGGUUAAGGAUGCAGAUGAGAAAGAUCACUAGAAGCUCAGACGACGACAAGUACCUCAUUCCGUUUGUAAUCAUGUUAGUUUUAUUUGUCGUGUUGCUUCUCUUGUCGAUUGCCUUAGUGGUCUGGACAAAGAUGAAAAAAACGAGAAUGUCAGCUGACCACGCUGCCGGAACAGAGGAGUUUGGAUUAUCUAAAAGUUUCGACAAUCCAGUUUCUUCCAUUGAAAGCAACAAUAGUGUUAAUGCUCCUGAAAAUUCUGAGUACGCCAGUUUAAGUACUUUCAGAGAAAAUGAUCCGAAGUAUGAAAGUUUGAAGAAGGAUAAGUUUCCAAGCACAAUGCAAUCUCAUCAAGAAGGCAAUGAUCCCUAUGUUAACCCAGUUGAACCUCAUCCAGAGGGUAACAAUCCCUAUGUUACGCCAAUUGAACCUCAUCAAGAAGAUAACAAUCCUUAUGUUACCCCAACUGAAUCUCCUCAAGAAAGUAACAAUCCCUAUGUCAAUGCAAUUGAACCUCGUCAAGAGGGUAACAUUCCCUAUGUUACGCCAAUUGAACCUCAUCAAGGAGAUAACAAUCUCUAUGAAGCCCCUAUAUAACAUUAUCAAGGAAGUAAAAAUCCCUAUGUCACCUCAACUUCAGCCAUCUCUUCACUUUAGAAGUAGAAAAGUUGCACUGUCCAUCAUUUUGUAAAUGUAUAGUUAAUAAAAUUUUCUUGCAGGAUUUUCAAACAAAAGCACUCAAACAAAGGAAUGUACACUGUUUUUACUGAUAGGAAUAUUAGAUCGUCGGGGAAGUAUGGCAAUAUGUUUAUAAUAAUAGAAGUUCUACAGAUUUUGUGUCGGGGAGUAUCAUUACGAUGGUUUCGAGUGCAAGUUUGUAAAUCAUAGAAAAGAAGGUUUCAUUGUAAUCAGUAGUUCACCUGGCUCGCUUAUUCAGUCUUGCUGCUCAAAUUUUCUCCGUUCACUUACUGAGAGAACAAUGAAUUACUAGAGAAAUAAAUAAGAAUGUUACGAUAAAACUUUGAAAUUUACAUAGCAGGACUGAAACACACAUUUUCCAACCAUGUAGCCAGAACAAUGAUUGGGGGGAGGGGAGGCAUAUUCAAGGAUAUAUAAAUGACAUGCCGUAUUAGUUUCUUUUGAAAUCCAUUGUUUUUUACUGAUUAUAAAAUGGUUAUAUGAAUAUGGGCCCCCCAAUCAUCGUUCUGGCUACGUGUCUUUCAUUUACAGUUGCUUCAUUCCUUUCCGUCCAAAGGAAAUCCAGACAAAUGCUACAAAUCCAUGUAUAAAAACCUCGCCUUUUUGUGUGUGGGGGGGAGGGGUGUGUGUCAUAUUAUAUUAACUAAAUCGGCAAAAGAAAUUUUUUGUAGCGAAUCACCACGAUCUUUUAGUCCUACAGUGCGAAUUUUACAGCAAAAAUUUUUAUUCAUUUCUCUAGAAAAUGUAUUCCAUUCAUUUCAUGUACUUCCACUGAUUGAACACAACAAUAUUUGCAUUUUAGGAGUAGAAAACGGGCUGGUUUUGCUACUGAAUGGAAUUUUAUCAUUCACGCCAUCGGGCACUUAUAUAUGCAUGACAUUUAUGAAAUAAAAAAUAAAUUGUUGAAUCAA